AUGGUAAAAUAUCUCUGCUCAGGUGAAGGAGAAGCAACAGAUAUUGAAAAUGAUAUGUCAUCAAGGAAUCCAGGUUCAGGUGAAAGCAAUGCCACUGAUAUUGAAAACGACGGCAUGCGGUUGCUGAGGAUGAAAAAUGAUGAGGAAAACAUGGCUUUGCAUGAAGCACUGAUUAAUGGCCAGAAAGAAGUGGCAACAUAUUUGAUUGGGGCCGAUCCUGAUCAUGACCAUCCGGUUUCAUUUUCUGCAAAUAAGGAAGGCAAAUCACCUUUGUAUCUGGCCAUUCGAGCAGGGGAUAUUCGAACUGUGGAGUGUAUAAGUCAACGGUACCGGUCGCCUAGGAACUUGGCGGUGGAAGGGAAGUCCCCAUUGCAUGCUGCAAUUCUGGCCAAGAACGAAGAGCUCCUAGAGAUAAUAUCAACCAUGGGAUUUACCGUCAACGUAAAAGAUGAGAAAGGAAGGACCCCACUUCAUUAUGCAGCAUCAACUGGUUACCUCGAAGGGGUUCGCUUCUUCUUGGACAAAUGUCCCUCUGACUCUAAUCAAGCAGAUACUAGUGGCUUCCUCCCGAUCCAUUCUGCAUCAAGCAAAGGUUACGACAAGAUUGUUGAAGAGCUGCUUCGACAUUUUCCAGCUUCGAAGGAAUUGCCAAACUCAGAUGGCCAAAAUAUACUCCAUCUUGCAGCAAAAUUUGGAAAACAUGCCCUUGUUAACUAUUUUCUAAGAGAAGGUAAUGGGUUUCAGAUGUUGAUAAACCAACAGGAUAAGGAGGGAAAUACCCCUUUACAUUUGGCAACAAUUUAUCGGCAUCCAAGAGUUGUGAAAUAUUUCACAUGGGAAAAAAAGACCAACUUAAUGGUUUUGAACUAUGAAGGCAUGACAGCUCUUGACAUUGCAGAGUGCACUAUGGAAGCUGUUGCUUCAUUUCAUGGGAGGCUAACAUGGGUAGCACUGAAAUCUGGCGGUGCACAGCGAGCUCAGCCUCUGCAUGUUCUCUUACGGACAAAUGCGCAGAGUCCACAGCAAGACGAUGCAGGAGACAACGAUGGACAUGUCCCAACUAUGAGUCAAGAUGUCCUAGCUGAAAUUAUAAAUUCUUGUAGCGCAGACCGCAUGGAGUUACAGUUUCCUAACACGAAAAGUUACAAGGACAGGGUGAACACUCUAUUGGUGGUAACUACACUUGUAGCUACAGUGACAUUUGCAGCUGGUUUCACAAUGCCGGGUGGCUACAAUAACUCCGGUCCUGAUGAGGGCAAAGCAACCUUGCUAACCAAGGUUAUGUUCCAAGUGUUUGUGAUCAGUAACGCCAUAGCUAUGUAUAGCUCCGUCUUCGUUGCAGUUACUCUCAUUUGGGCACAAGUGGGAGACCUAAUUUUGGUGUUCACAGCUCUUCGUUUGGUAAUGCCUCUGCUGGGGAUUGCGCUUGGCAUGCUGUCCUUAGCCUUUAUGGCUGGCGUUUAUGUGGUCGUAAGCAACCUUCGUUGGCUUUCGAUCGUGGUGUUGGUCAUCGGAAUAUGCUUUCUUUACACUGUCUUAAUACUUUUCAGCCCACUCUUCUUUCCAAAUACAACACCUACUUUUCGUUACAUCACCUAUUAUCCCUUUUAUUUGGCAGCGCUUUUAGCUUCUGGAAGUCACAGCAACGACCUAGAAGAAGAGUAA